UUAAUCGUGUAUAAUUUUCAAUUGAAUAAAAAUGGAAUUUGGAUUUGAUUCAGUGAAUGAUUUACAAAAGUUAUGCCGAUUGUGUAUGGAAUCGGGAUCAGAAUUAUUUUCAAUAUAUGAUUUAACUCCUUUAAAUGAAAUUGGAGUACAUAUACAAUUUGUAGAAAUGAUAAUGGGAUGUACUUCGCUUAAAAUAAAAUCUGGUGACGGAUUACCAGAAGCUAUUUGUAUGCAAUGUGUCAAUUAUUUAGGGACUUCAUAUAAUUUUAAACAACGAUGUGAGAAAACUGAUCGUAAACUUAGAGAUUUAAUCAAUUUACUCAAAGAUAACAAGAAAAGUGAUAUCUCAGAGCAAGAAGAUUUUAAUGAUUCUUUAUCCUUAGACCAUUUUGAUAUUGACAUUAAGGAAGAGAUAAAUGGGAUACAAGAUGGUAAACUUGAAGUUAUCGAUUUAGAAAAUAAUACAAUUAAUUCAAAAGUCGAAAAAGAUAGAAACAGUUUAUCAAAAAUUACAAAUUCAAAAGAAAAACAAACGGAUGAUAAAAAAAGUAGUUUGAGGAAAAAAGGAAUUACAAAAAAAGAAAAAAUUGGAAGGGAAAAUAGAAAUUUAUCAUGUUCAUUUUGUUUUAAGCAAUUCAGAACUGAAAACAAAUUAAAAUCACACACGAACAUAUGCCAAAAUCGACCUAUGCAUUGUGGACUUUGUUCUGAGGACUUUUCAGAUAUAACCAUCUUAAAGCAACAUCUAGCUCAAAUACAUUCAAUAGAAACAGAUAUUAACGAAGAUCAAAUUUACACGUGUGAUAUAUGUGACUCUGUAUUUACAGAUCACAGUAAACUAUUAUUCCAUUAUAGAAAUCAUAUCGGAGUAGCUGCAUACUAUCCGGACGAAGUCAACUCAGGCGAUAAAGUAUUGACAUGCAGUCAUUGUAAUACAACUUUUACGAAAAUAUUCGAUUUAGAGACUCAUUUUAAUGGUCAUAAGUCAGAUAAAUCAACAUUUAUUUGUAGAAUAUGUUCGUAUGAGACAAUUGAAGAACAAUCAGUCAAAACACAUUUAAAAAAUCAUGGAAUUGGUCCCCUUAUUUGUAAUAUAUGUUGGUUAAGUUUUAUUUCUAAUCGUAAACUUCGAUUACAUGUAAAGGCACAUAAGCAAGUAAAUCGAUUAGAAUAUACGUGUUUACUUUGUGAAAAAAUGUUACCAACACGUGCUGAGAUGAAAAAUCACAUAGCAGUCCACAUAGAAGAUCUACAUUCGUGUUCAAGCUGUUCAAAAUCAUUCCAAAACGUAACUGAAUACGAAUCCCAUCAAAUGGAACAUGCAAAAUCAGUUUUAUGUACAAUCUGUGGGAAACUCUUCCCGGGAAAAUCAGUUUUAGAUUCCCAUAUGCUUAUACAUGACGGUUUAAAACCUUUCUCUUGCUCAAUAUGCAAACAAAGUUUUCGUACAAAACAUAUUUUGAAAGGUCAUGAACGUGUUCACAGCGACGCUAAACCAUAUGUUUGUACUUGGUGUGGAUACUGUUGUAAACGCUCUGGUGAUCUUUAUAUUCAUCAUCGUACUCAUACUGGCGAUCGCCCGUAUAGUUGUUCAUUUCCUGGCUGUAAUAGUACAUUUAAAACAUCCAGUUUUAUGCAUCAACAUUUAAAACGACAUACGGGGGAAGCAAAGAUGCACACAUGUGAAGUAUGUUCGAAAUUAUUUUCUAGCUCAAUUGCCUUAAAACGGCAUAUGUUAAUUCACAAUAAUGAGCGACCUCACGCAUGUGAUGUUUGUGGAAAAUGUUUUAGAAGAAAGCAUCAUUUGAAGGGACACAAAGCUAAAAUACAUCAUUUAUAA